AUGAACCUUAUUAAAAUUGAACCUGGUAAUUUAAUUAUAAUAAAAGUAGGAGUGUCCCAAUGUGUGUUUUUUUUUUGUAUUUUAGUCGAAUCAGUUAGAUGUUAUCAAUGUUCAUCAGCUCAGGAUAAAGAUGACGAUAGUUGUGGGGCUUAUAGUAGUUUCGAAAAAGAAAAACAUAUUCCUGUUGAAUGUAACAGUCACGAAUCUCACACUCCAGGUUCAUUUUGCAUGAAAGUCGUUCAACAAGGACCGAUAGGAUUUAUAUGGGAUGGUCGUUGGAGACAAGUUAUAAGAAGAUGUGCAUCAGUUGCUGAAACAGGAGUUUCAGGUGUUUGUAAUUGGGGCAUAUAUGAAAAUGGUGUUUAUUGGGAAGAAUGUUAUUGCGCAGAAGAUGGUUGCAAUUCAUCGACAAAUAUUAAAAUUAAUUUUUACCUAAUCAUCGCCAGUAUUAUUUGCAUUUUAUCGACAGUUAUAUCAUAUAACAGAUAG